UGCCGUCAUCUGAGCGCGCCGGGCCCGAGCGGAACGCGGCGGCAGGCAUGGCGCUUUUCCAUGUCGCCCGUUACGGGGGCUUAGAGGAGGCCGGGGAGGAGGCUGAGGCGGAUGGCCGGGCGCGGGCGCUGCUGGAGCGGCUGCGGCGCCGGGCCCGAGAGCGGCAGCUGCAGAAGCAGCAGCCGCAGCAGGAGCCACCGCAACAGGAGCCUGCGGAGGAGGCCCCGCAGACCGCACAGGCCGCGGGGAAGCGGCGGCGGCGGCCGCGCAGAACACGGAGACGCGAGGGCGGCGGGACUCCGGGGAACCCGCAAAUGCUGCCCGGCAAGCGGCGGAAAACGGACAGCGAGAACGCGGGCGCAGAAAGCAAAGAGCGGGAGCCGGAGGACGAAAGCGUCGGCGCGGAAGACGCGGGGCCACCAGAGGGAUCCCCGGAAGAGGCCCCUGGGCCCUCAGCCCACGCCCUGGUGCUCGGGGGCUUCGGGAGAAGCAGGACGCCAAAGGUCCAGCCUUUCCUGCCCGUGUGGUUAGCUCAACCAAGCUGUGUUGGAAAGAAUGUCACCGAAGGCCAGGUGCCUAUCGAGGACAUCCCUGAAGUGCACCCAGACCUUCAGAAGAAGUUGCAUGCACAGGGCAUCUCGUCCUACUUUCCAGUACAGGCAGCAGUGAUUCCUGCUCUCCUGGAAAGCACAGCCUGCGGGUUUCUGGUGAGCAGAGGUGGCUACCGGCCUAGUGACCUCUGUGUUUCGGCCCCCACGGGCAGUGGGAAGACUUUGGCCUUUGUCAUCCCUGUGGUGCAGGCCCUGCUACAUCGAGCUGUGUGCCAGGUUCGCGCCCUGGUUGUGCUGCCAACCAAGGAGCUGGCCCAGCAGGUGAGCAAAGUGUUCAACGUCUACACAGAUGCCACUCCUCUGCGGGUUGCCCUGGUCACUGGGCAGAAGUCACUGGCCAAGGAGCAGGAGAGCCUCGUGCAGAAGACACCACAUGGCUUUCGCUGCCUGGCUGACAUUGUGGUAGCCACCCCUGGCCGCCUGGUGGACCACGUUGACCAGACCCCAGGGUUCAGCCUCCAGCACCUCCGCUUCCUGAUCAUCGAUGAAGCUGAUCGGAUGAUCGACAGCAUGCACCAGUCCUGGCUGCCGCGGGUGAUGGCGGCAGCCUUCCCAGGCGAGGGUACCAAGGGUCCCUUAGCUCUGCUGCAGAGAACACAGCUCCAGGCUGUGACAGCUGCCAGCAUCUCCUGUCCCCAGAUGCCACUGCAGAAACUACUCUUUUCAGCCACUCUCACCCAGAACCCUGAAAAGCUGCAGCAGCUCGGCCUCUACCAGCCCCGGCUCUUUUCUACAGGGUCAGCACCUGGGGGCCCCAGAGACCCUGACGUUGAUGAGGACAGGGACUCAGGUGGGAAGUACACCUUCCCCGCAGGGCUCACGCAUCACUACAUACCCUGUAGCCUCCGCUUGAAGCCGUUAGUCAUUCUGCACCUGAUCCUGGAAAUGAACUUCUCCAGGGUCCUCUGUUUCACCAACUCCCGUGAGAACUCCCACAGGCUGUUCCUGCUGGUUCAGGCUUUCGGGGGUGUGACUGUGGCUGAGUUCUCCUCCCGCUAUGGGCCUGGUCAGAGGAAGACAAUCUUGAAGCAGUUUGAACAGGGGAAGAUUCAGCUCCUCAUCAGCACAGACGCCACAGCCCGCGGCAUCGAUGUGCAGGGCGUGCAGCUGGUGCUGAACUACGACGCCCCCCAAUACCUGCGGACCUAUGUGCACCGGGUUGGAAGAACCGCCCGUGCUGGGAAAAGCGGACAGGCCUUCACGCUGCUUCUCAAAGUGCAGGAGAGGAGGUUCCUGCGGAUGCUGGAGGAGGGCGGGGUGCCCGGGCUGGAGCGGCAUGAUACCCCCAGUGAGCUGUUGCAGCCGCUGGUCCCACGAUAUGAGGCUGCCUUGUCCCAGCUGGAGAGGGCCGUCAAGGAAGAGCGGAGGCAGAAGGAGGCCUAGGCCAGGGCUCAGGACAGACCAGCAAGGGGCCUGGUUGCCUCUGGGAUAUUAUUCAUCUUCUUUCUGGAAACAUCCUGCAUACUGGCAGCUGGACAUGUGACUAAAGACAGGGACGCCUUAGACAAAAGGGCCUUCAUCCCAAGCACCAUGAUGCCUCAGGCCGGGACCCUGGACAUGAGGUACUUUUUUGGCCCCACCAGACCCACUGGGGGAGCUCAAGCUCAAGACUGAGGAGCAUGCAGAGGUCAGCCUCCAGUUGGGCAGUCCUUCUGGAAACAGGGCUUUAGCAAAACUGUUUACGCUGACUCAGAGCUGACACGAUGGCACCUGUCGUGUUCAGCUGACAGUAAGGGUCAGCCUGAGGUGGCUAGGAACUCAGCUCUUAUAACAACCAUCCUACCUCUGAAAGGGGUCCCUGAGUCCCUCGCCUUUGGAGUGAACCACCAGCUACUCUGUAGCCAACCCAGGAAGGAGCCAUUCCCUACGAGUCGUCACAGAAACCAGAGGGGACACUGACACUUUUCUUCAUGGUCAUCGCAUGUGACACGAAGGUACAGACGGCCGCCUUCGGAGAGCUGACUGCUGUGUGUGCGAUAGCCUCGUUUCUGAAACUUGUGCUGACAGUAAAGCAAGCUCAAAAAAACAGGACUAAGCUGUGGCUCCUCACCUCUGCCUGAAGGUGUUGGCAGGGUAACGACCAGACACAUGCGUCAUCCAUGUGCUCACGGGAUGGAGGGGCCGCUUACAGGAGAGCAUGUGGGCUGUAGAUUGUGCUCUGUGUACACAGCCUGCCCUCGGUUCUGUACAGGCCACUCAUGGCUCGCUGAGUACAUGCCAGGACUAAGGCCUGGGACGCGGAGGGACACGCAGGAGCAGGGCAACCGCGGCUUCCCCGUGUCCACGCAGCCUCAAACCAGGCCUGUCAGGUCCAGCCCUAAGCUUCUGGGUGUGCACAUGGAGCUGAGCACAGCCCCCAGCCUCGUCCUUUCUGACAUUGGGAUGUGUCACCAUCACAGGGCUCACCUUCCUCAGCCGGGCCUGCUGCUGACUCAGGGCCUCCCCAGUGGCCAGAGCCUGCCGGGGACCCAGUGUUGACAGGGAGGCCGUGGUCACCACCUGCAGCUGCAUCGCUUUCUGCAGGACUGCCUGGGCCACUGGAAGCACCUGACCCGCUGUUGUCCAGCUGUGGCCAGAAACAGUGUAUCAGAGGGACGCGGUUACAGAAAGCUUGGCACCCUGCUCAUCUUCCUGAGGGGCUGGAAGCAGUGUGUGCAAGUGGGGACUGCAGCCACUCUGAGUCACUUGUCAUUAAGCCUCAGUGUUGGAUGAAUCCGGUUUAUUAAAAAGCAGUGCCCAGAAUUACCCAAAUCCUGCUUGUGGUCAAUAAACAGCCCCCACUGA